UCAAAUGCUAUAAAAAUUAGUUUUAAAUUUCUUUUUUCUUUUCAUAUCCUGAUUUACCUGGAUUUUAGCACGCAUUUUUGGGGACCAGUUGCAAAUUGGGCUAUUCCACUGGCAGCUAUUGGAGAUUUCAAGAAGGACCCAGAACUGAUCAGCCCCUUUAUGACUCCAGCACUGAUGGUCUAUUCCACAACGUUCGCACGGUUCGCCUGGAUGGUCAAGCCCCGUAACCUAUUACUCUUGGCCUGUCAUCUGACCAACAUCUCGGCUCAGUCAGUCCAGGCGGGGCGAUACAUCAACUAUCACUACUUAACAAAGCCAGAGGACCGCCAAAAGCACCACAUAGAGGUGGUGGAGAAAGAGAUCCACACCCACCCCGACCAGUACCCCAAAGUCCACAUCAAGGACCACCCCAGCCCCCAGGAACAGGCGGAGGAGGUCAAAGAGUUUGACGCAGCGUACAAACUCCCCAUAGAGAAGCCGGUCAUCAAUUGAUUGUAGGUCUCCAUAGAUCAAUUUUUUUAAUGGCAAUUCUAGCUAUAAUUUACUAAAGAGUUAUAAGAAUUUGUGGUGGCUCUUUUUUUGUGGACUUCUUGGGUUACUUGUAACCAAUAAAUUUAUUUACUGGUACAUCCUAAACAAAACAUAUUAUUUGAUUUGUUAUAAUAGAUUUUGUAUGUUAUAUAGAAAAAGAUCGAAAAUGUUUUGUCAAAAUGAAUCUUUAAAAAAUCUUUUAAAACUGGUAAUCUCACAAGAUUUGCCCCAUGAAUUUACCUUAUGAUGCAGUAUAUUAGCUAUAUGAUUAUUAAUUUUAUCAAAUACCGGUAUACAUUUAUAAUUGUAUAUAAAAGAAACUGUGUACAGGGUUUGUUUAGUUUUUAAAUUAAAUUUUUUUUAUAUUUGUGACGAAGACAGAAAAACAAUAUAUAUAUGUACUGAACAAUUUGAAAUAAGAAGUGUGACAAACAUACACCUAAAAUACCAUAUUAAGAUUAUAAAGAAUGAUGAAAAUUAAAAUUAUAGUUGAUUACACCACAGGCAAAAUAUCCAACAUCCUAAUUUUUAAUGUUAGAUUGAAGUGAUGAUUCAGUGUAGAUAAGGGAAAGAUUUAGAUGUAUAUUCCAAUUAUUUGAUGGACAAAAGUAUAUUGUUAUGGUGUUGACAAGUGAAUGAACUAAGAAUUGUCAUUAUUGUGUCAAAUGUAUUGUAGAAAAUUUUAUUAUGAAACCUGAGUAUUAUUUAUGUGCUAAUGUAUGGCAAAUUUUUUGCCCCCAAAAAUGAAAUAUAUAAUAUACGAGUGCUUUUAAUGUGGUCUAUUGAAAAUGAAGUUAAUACCCACAGUAUUCAUGCUGUUGACAGUGCCAUCAAAACAAUCUAGUUAUUAUUCAGUUACAUAAGACACCUGUAUAGUGAGAUUAAUUGAUAGAGUCUGAAUUGAAUACCAGUACACAAUAUAUUGUCAGAUUUGAAAAUUUAGGUGGAAUUUCACACCAAAAUUUUACUUUUUGGAUCAUUAGAGUAUCAUAUCUGAAACAUGCCUCCAGCACCUUUAUUUAAUACUGCCGACUGGUCAUUCAGUAUGUACCUGGUAAUACAUAUUUAUUACAAUUAUCAAGUCAUAUUAAUUAAUUUAUAAAAUCCGAUGAAUCCAAAACUAUAGCUUGAUAGGCAAAUGGGAAUAUCAUUAUAUGAAAAUUGUACGCAGAAGCAGAUUUUGUAUAUCCAGUAACCAUAUGCAUUAUGUACAUGUAGAGUCAACGUGAAUUGUGAGAGAAAAGUACAUUAAAACACAUGCCACAUUUCAGUGUAAUACCAGGUGGUAUACAUGUUUGUAUCUUGUAUCAUGAUACAUCUAUUUUUCAUGGUAAUAUGCAAGGUCCGUGUUCUGUAUUUACGGUAUAAUACAUGGUUUUUUUCUGGUACCAUGCAAGGUCAAUGUAUUUAUAUUCAUCAAAUCAUUCUUUGGUGAUGGAUAAAUAUCUAGUACAUAGUUGAAAAAAAAGUGGAAAAUUAAAACUGAAAAUUUUCUGACUGAACAUGAUGUACCUGUAAAAAUAUUAAGAUUUCAGUGAUGCAAUGUGAUAACUAAGGGGAUACAUUUAUUUACAUGUAGCAUAUAGAAUUCUAAUUGUGCAUGAUGGGAUGAGAGAGUGUCACAAUUCUAUCAUACAUGAUUGAACAGGGUUAACUAAUCUGAACAUAUCUAGAUGGUAUACACUUAGCUGCAAGCAGAGGCAUCAUAUUUUGUUUUGGGCAUUAACAAGAUUGAGUAAGCAUAUACAAAAUUUUUGAAUGCUGAAUAAGUUGUAUUUAUUAAUAAGGAUUUCGUUGUUGUUGUUGAUUUCUUCGUUUAAAAAAACCAGUCCAAAACUUUUUUCUUCUACAUACAUGUACUCUAUGCAAAUGUUAAUUUGUGAGAGUGACAUGCAAUCAUGAAAAUCCCAACAUGUUCUAGAUUCUCCUCCAAAUGUUCUUGAUGAGUUUUUAUGUUAACAUCAUAUUCUCCCAACGUACCAUGUAUGCUGAGCAAACACGUACAUGUAAGAGAUUCUCCCAUUGCUCAAGAUGUAAAUAAAAAAAACAUAUCAGAUUCUUCCACAUGUACACGUGAGAAUGUGAUUGUAUACAAGUCUUUGUACUUGAUAGUAUUUUGUUGACUUGUACUUGAUAGUAUUUUUUGUUGACUUUUGUUAAACAAUAAAUAGACAGGAAUUUUC